AUGGCAGGCACGAGGCUGCAGAUCGUCGGCGCCUUCGUGCUGUUCACGCUAUUAGCGGCGCCAGUGGCAUGGCACUUGACGCAGGUUGAGCGAGUGGAUCUCCCCGUGGAUCGCAUCCAGCAGCUGUCAUGGGCGGCGUCGCGCUUCAGCGGGCCGGAAAAGUUCCAAGUGGACAUCUACAGUUUAAGCUCCGUGUCUUCGUCUGCGCCGCCCUCCAGUGCCUCCAACGUCGCGUACUUAAUGCAUAACUUACAACUAAACGCAGGACAGAAGAGCUCGCUUCAGACGGCGAUGAGAACAGGUCUUCAGGCGACGGACGAGGCGCUGAAGACGCUGAAAGCGGAUCAUAUGCGCUUCAGCGUCUUCUUGCUAUGCGACAAAAACGCAGCUGUUUCUACCCCCGCUCUGACAGUCGGGAAAUACCGCCACGCGUGGUCAUCGCAGUGCCAAGUGAAUAAAGGCGAUGCGGUGCAUUUUGCUAUUGAAAGAUUGGUGCAGAGGCACGUGUACCCCCAGAAGAGUAUAAUGCAGAAUACCGGGACGAAACCAGCACGAAAGGCGCUGCGCUAUCGCCUACAAUUUUCCUUGCUGAAGGAGAACCCGACGACGCCUUGGAAUGAAGAUCUACGGACGUUGGUGGAUCAGUAUCUCAGCAGGUUUGUGCACAAGGUCGGAGCACUCGCAAAUUUUACAAUCGAGACACAGAUGGUUCAGUACGCGAGACUGGCGAGAGAGGUCACGUCCAGUGCAGACGGAAAAGAAUUCUACAUUAACGCUGAUGAUCUCAAGCAUUUCAAGAGCGCGAACGACUUUCUCGAUGCCUCAGUGCUGGAUGAUGGAGAACAAGUGCUGCACUUUAUGGCUGCACUUCCGGAUAUCAAGCAUGCCCCGUUGUACAUCCGUGCUGCGGAGAACGAUGCUAGUCUGGCAACGUCAUUUGAGCUACCUGGUUGGGGCAUUGCCGCUAUUUUGAACCCUUUUGCAUUUAAUGGCAAGCCUUCUGCUGAUGUGUCUGCGGAGGAAACAGCAACAACGAAAACACGUGAAUUGCAGCGGGUUAUGGGACUUUUUGUCACGGAAUUCCGCGCACUACUCGGUGUUCCGUCCUUCACUAAGCGACAACGAGAGGAGGACAGAACAAGUCACGGUACUGCGGAACAGCGACUACUGUUCUUGCCUUCACCCGUUGACGGUAUAGCGGAUUGGGAGUUGGACGUGAUCGCGCGCGACCGCUUCUCUAAGCUCAUGCAGACGGCAAUUGAGACGCUGCAGUCGACUGUGGAACUUGUCGAGGCUCUGCCGGAGUUGAGUGUACUGGAACGAGUGCAAACUCGAGUGGAGUCUGCCGUCACGAGACUUGAAGCCAUCUUGUGUGGUAGCGCUCGGGAGCAGGAGUGUGUAGAAGUGUCAGAUCUUCGUAGUCUGCUGGCGAUGGCUCGUCAGGCUUCGGAACUCACAGACGCUGCCUACUACGACCACACUAUGAUCCGUCAACUCUACUUCCCUCAAGAGCAAAUGCUGGGUGUAUACGCUCCACUUCUGGCUCCACUAAUCCUUCCUUUUGUUUUGGGCUUGGUACGUGAGCUCAAACGCUUCAAGGUGAAGCGUGCAGCCACGGGGAAAGUGUAA